CUACGUCAGCAGUGCCCAAAAGGAAAGGAAGCACAUGUGUUUUUUCGCUGCUGGAAACGAAUAUUUGAUAUAACAGGUAUUUUUCAAAGUUCACAUGCCAUCUGACAAUCCAGAAUCUUUGACCUACAGUAAAGAUACAAAGUUUUUUGCAGUUCAGAUUUACAAGCUGGCAAACUUCAACGAUGUCACAGGCUACUAAACGCAAGCAUGUUGUCAAGGAGCAGACACUCGACGACUACGUCACACCUACAGAGAACCAACAGAUCGUGAGGGUUCUUGGUAGUCGUGGCAACAACCUGCACGAGGCUGUCACGGCCCAGGGGGAGAACUUCCUGAUCAGCAUGCCCCCAAAAUUCCGCAAGAACCUCUGGAUUAAGAGAGGUGACUAUGUGAUUGUAGACCCUAUAGAGGAGGGAGAGAAGGUGAGGGGAGAGAUCAGCUUCAUACUUUACAGAGACCACAUUCAGCACCUGCAGAAACUCACACUCUGGCCCGAGGCCUUCACAGACGAGCCCCCAUCGGAAGAGAGAACAGAUAUACCACAGCCCAGGGAGGGGAGAAGGGCGAAGGUAGAGGAGGAUUGUGGGAGUGAUCACAGUACUGACUCAGAGGAUGACGAGAGCGACCUCUUCGUCAACACCAACCGCUGUAACGUCCACUACAGUGAGAGUGAGGAAGACAGUGAGCAUGAGAAGGAGGAAGAGGAUAAAGUGGAGAGCAGCUUUUAGUGGGGAAAUCUUUACAACAGACAGUACACUGCUGUGCACAAUGUUUACACAAAUGUCGCCCUCAGAAUACACUGCUGCUGAAGAAUAAGUUGUGGAAUAUACUCUCCAGUCCCACCCCAUGAAUCCAAUCAAACAGAAAAUCCUGCUAUUUUACCAUUUUUUUGGUGGUUGAACUUAGCAUCCCAUGGACAUAGGUUAGGUAUAUCAUACUCAUACCACUUGUCCUAGAGAGGAACAUUAGCAUGUUUUGCUAAACUGCUAAAAAGUAGGUUAAUUGUUGAAAUAUUGAACUGGUCCAUGACAUUCCUGACUGAAGAUGUCAUAAUUUAUGUACAUAAUGAUUGUGUAAUAAAAUCUUUAUUGUGGUCUUUCA